AUGAAAGUUGCUCUUCUAUUCAACUGCCUAAUAUGGUUGUUGUCUGAAGCAUGCGGCCGAAAGCUUAUUCCUAGACGACUAUUGUAUAGGGAUAAUGGCAUUCUGAAAGUGGGAAUCAGCGGAGAUGGACAUUGGUUCUCGUACGUUGCCCGGGACAAACAAACAUUUAAAUUAUUCUGCAUUGAGUGGCCACACGAGACUUCAGAUCGAAUAGUAGGGGAGGAGGGUGGCCGCAUUGAUGACUAUUGGUGGAUGUCAGACAGCCGAACGAUCCUUUAUACGCAAGUCUUGAGUAAUUACCAAAACUUAGAACUACGAGCGAUGGACAUGCAGAGCGGCCUCUACCGAACGCUGACCAGUAUUUCAGAGAUAGGUAGCUUCAGAAUUAUGUCUCAUAGCCAUUUGGUGCCAGACACGGUCAUCAUCGGUGUGAACAGUGGGAUCAACUGCCACCCAGACAUCUACAAAUUGAACAUCAGAACCGGAAGCAAAGUUCUGAUGUUCAAAAACAAGCUAUACGAAGAUUUUUGGUUCGAUAAACAGCUGAGAAUAAGACUGGCUAGGAACUAUACCGACCAGGCUUCCAGCCGGUUCUUUUUGUUGCAACCCACAGCCGAUGGUUCUUCAUACACCGCGAAACUACACAAGGAGGUCGAUGCUGAUGAACUGUGGAUGACCAAGCCUCUGAGCUUCAGCGAGGACGGCAAGACUCUUUAUUGGUUGAGCAGCGAACGGCAGGAUCUGGCAAUGCUGAUCGCAGAGAAUCUGGAAACCGGAGAAACUCGAGUGCUGUAUCGACCUCAGAAGGCAGAUGUAAUGGAAGUUCUCUUGCAUCCAACGUCAGGAACGCCGCUUCUAGCAUAUGAAACGUACUCAGCCGCGGAAAUUCAUCCACUAUUGCCGGAUGUGGCUGAAAGCUACAAACGUGUGAAGAGUUAUUUUCCAAAAGAUGCCAUCAUAUAUGUAAACUCCAUAAGCGUGGAUUUACAGUGGUGGGUAGUGUCCGUCUAUAACGACCACAGUCCCCUUAGCUAUUACACUUGCGACGUACGUAACAAGACAAAAACGUGCAAACGUUUUUUCCGUACGCGUAAAAAGCUGUUCAAAUAUAAAAGGUCAUUUGCAAAAGCCGUUGAAGUGAAAACCAGAGACGGAUUAACAGAGAUGUGCUUUUUCACUUUCCCGCGUGAUUCUAUAGACAGCACUGGAUUUCCGCGUUAUCCUUUGCCCACCGUUGUUUAUGCUCAAGGAUGUUCAUUGGAUCCAGUCUCUUACAAAUUCGAUAAUGAUGCGCAGCUGCUGGCGAAUCGUGGAUACGCCGUUAUUCAGUGCAAUUUUAGAGGCUCUAGAGGAUAUGGCAAGAAAUUUUUUUCUGCUGCGAACGGGGAAAGGGGUCGAAAGAUGCAGUAUGACCUCUUGGAUGCCUUAGAUUGGGCGAUUGCACGGAAUUACACCUUACGAAACAAAGUAGCUGUGUUUGGGAUGGGUUACGGGGGCUAUGCUGCACUUGCAGGCCUUACCUUCACGCCAGAUGUUUUCGCUUGUGGAAUGAGCAUCGUUGGAGCGUCGAACUUAAUAUCCAUUUUUGACUCGCUUUCAGAUCAGUGUAAGGCUAUGCACAGCAGCCUAGUGCACCGUAUAGGAGGCUCACCAACAACUAAGGAAGGACUAGAGUUUCUGAAGCAGCGAUCACCUCUGUUUCACGCAGAGCGAAUAAAAAAACCGCUUUUCCUAGCGCAAGGAGAGUACGAUCCGACGGUAAGAAAAAACGAGUCAGAACAGAUCGUGGAAAACCUGCGACGUCGUCAUGUGCCCGUCACUUUUAUGCUCUAUCCAGACGUGGCUAGUCCAUUCUACAGUUAUGAGAAUAUCAUAGUGCUAUGGAGCUAUCUUGAGCAAUUUUUGAAGGAGUGUUUGGGAGGAAGUGCGGAGCCUCAGCAUUCUGCAAACUUGAACUGUAAUGUGAAUGUUAGUUCCUGGAAGUAA